AUGGCCGACGCUCUCCGAGGUACCGACCUCAACCAGGACCGCCGCUUCAAGGACAAGGAGGCGCUUGCAAUCAAGUCCUCGACCUUCCCCGAGCACUUUGACCGCAAAGUCGACCUACGCAAGGUCAAUAUUGGUGUCCUCCGCCCCUGGAUCGCGAAGAAGAUUACAGAGCUCAUGAAGUUCGAAGAUGACGUGGUCAUCGAGUAUGUCUACUCCAUGCUUGAAGACAAGAGCAAGCCAUUCCCGGACCCACGCAAGAUCCAGGUCAACCUUGUCGGAUUUAUGGACAAGUACGGCGCUGCUUCGUUCACGUCCGAGCUCUGGCGCCUCCUCCUCAGCGCCCAGGAGACUGUUGGCGGUGUCCCUGCCGAGUUCAUCGAGGCGAAGAAGCGCGAGCUGGAGGAGCAAGCGCGCAACACUCCCCAGGGCAGCAUGGACGACAUGAUGCGCCAGCGCAGGGAGAUGAUGGAUGCUCAAGGAGGAUACGACCGAAGGGACGACCGUGAUCGCCGCGGAGGACGGGGCGGAUGGGACCGUGAUCGCCGAGGCGGAGAUCGCGGAGGCUAUGGUCGCGACCGGGACGGAGGCUACGGACGUCGGGAUGGUGGCUAUGGACAGCGCGACGGAGGCUGGGGCCAGCGCCAGCGGGACAGCAGCUAUGGCGGACGUGAGCGUGACAGUGGGUACGGCGGACGGGAGAGGGACAGCGGCUACGGAGGACACGAGCGGGACAGCGGAUACGGACGAGACCGCGAGCGCGAGCGGGAUAGCGGAUACUCGCGCCGCGACGAUCGCGACAGGGAAUACCGCCGCCGCGACGAGUCUCCUCGCAAGCGCCGUGACGACUCCCCGCCGAGAAGGCGUGACGACUCGCCUCCGCCGCGCCGGAGACGCGAGCGCGAGGACACUCCUCCUCGCAAUCGUCGCGACGACACUCCUCCUCGCUCCUCUCGCCGCGAUGACACGCCUCCGCGCUCUUCUCGUCGAGACGACUCCACCCCUCCCCGCUCGCGCCGGCGCGACGACUCGACUCCUCCCCGCCGGAAGCGUGAUGACUCGACUCCCCCGCGCAGGAAGCGCGACGACGACACGCCUCCGCAUCGGAAAAGGGAUGACUCGACGCCUCCUCGCCGAAAGAGGGAUGACUCGACGCCUCCUCGGCGCAAGCGCGACGACUCGACCCCUCCUCGAAAGCGAGACGACACCCCCCCUCGUUGGCGUGAGGACUCGACCCCGCCCCGUCGGAAGAGGGACGACGACACCCCGCCCAGAAGGGAGGAGAGGGAGGACACCCCGCCCCGCCGCAAGCGGGCCGAGGACACGCCGCCGCGCGAGCCCUCCCCGCUGAAAAAGAAGGAGCGCAAGCUCGAGGGCAAGCUGGCCGCGAGCAAGUGGGCGUAG